AUGAAAUUGCAUCGUUGGGCCCCCAUAUUGGGAACUGUGCUUGGAGCUGCAGGAUUGUACACCUAUCUUAAUGCAGGACCAUCGAUUCAGACAGUAGUAGACCCUGGCUUUGAACCAAUUCGACACAUUCACAAACAUAUUUGCGGCCUUCAUGGCUAUGGCUAUGACAUGAAUCGUGUGGUGACAGCACACCACUAUUGUUCUCAUCCAAAUGAACAUAUUUGUCAGUGUGUCAUUUAUGACAAUGACACCAAAGAUGCUCGAUUGAUUGGUAUUGAAUACAUUAUAUCUGAAGAAUUAUACAACAAAUUGGAUCCUGAAGAACAAAAACUUUGGCAUUCUCAUGUCUAUGAAGUCAAAGGUGGAUUAAUUACAUGUCCAAAUAUUCCAACCAUGGCAGAGACUGAAAUUAUGAAAUUUCUAAUUAAGAGUUAUGGAAAGACCAUUCAUACAUGGCAGGUGGAUCUUGGACAUGAUAUUCCUAUUGGUUUGCCCAAUAUCAUGAUGGCCUACACUCAAGAGGAUCCUUGUUUUCAGAAAGCAAUUCAUGAUCGAGAUGCCAAAUACUUGGUGGAUAGAAGAGCUCUAAUCAAGAACAGACAAGAUCUAAAGGAACCAAUGAUUCAUCCCAAUGCUGACUCUUGGUCGAAAGGAAAUAACAAGUUGCGAUUGGUCUUGUCUGAAACAAAGGACAUUUCGGAGAGUAGUAGUAGUACGAAUGUAAAAUCUUUAACUACUCCUACGAGUGGAAUCACCAGUGAUGCAAGAGGUGCAUUGCAAGAGAGUACUACCAUCGGCAGCAAUACCACCACUCCAAAAGUUGCAACUUCUUGUAAUGAUCAAGAGGAGAGUCUCACAGAGCCCAAUGAGUAA